AAAUAAAACAUGUCUAACUUUCUCGUAUUUUCAUGUACCAAAAUUAAAUAAAAAUAAAAUUUCAAAAACAAUUCAUCGAAUCUUUGUCAUCGCUUAUCGUGAAGUCAGUUUUUUUUUGUUCUUUUUUUGUCAAAAUCUUUGUUAAUUGAGUGACAUUCAGAGAUAGAGAGAAGAAGUGAAGAACAGAGGAUCAUCAACUCCAUCCAUCCAUGGCCACCGACUUCAAAUCCAUCCCGAUUAUCGUUCUAAGUUGAUUGAAAUUCGAAUCAGCAAUUUGAAUGUAGAGUCUGGCUAUCAAACAAAAGAAAGAAAGAUAUUGCUCCUCUGUUGGCAAAGUGGGAUGAUCCAAAAAUGGCUCAAGACCCUUGUGUAUCUGAAAUUGUUAAGCAAUUGGAUCAGGCUUGCAGAGAGGCUGGGUUCUUCUAUGUGAAGGGUCAUGGUAUCCCCGAGACCUUAGUGAAAGAGGUUAGAAAUAUAACACACAAAUUCUUUGAUCUCCCAUAUGAAGAAAAACUCAAGAUCAAGAUGACAGCAGCUGCUGGAUACAGGGGAUACCAGAGAAUAGGAGAAAACAUAACCAAAGGCGUGCCUGAUAUGCAUGAAGCUAUUGAUUGCUAUAAAGAACUAAAACAAGGGAUGUAUGGAGCUCUUGGCAAACCCAUGGAAGGAUGCAAUCAAUGGCCAGAUAGUCCUCAAAACUUCAAAGAACUGAUGGAGGAGUACAUUAGCCUCUGCACAGAACUUUCAAGAAAAAUCAUGCGGGGAAUUGCUCUAGCAUUGGGUGGAUUACCGGGUGAAUUUGAAGGUGAAAGAGGUGGUGAUGCAUUUUGGGUGCUUCGUCUUAUUGGUUACCCAGAGGCAUCAACUGCAAAUGGCAAAUGCACACCAGAAAAUGACAUUGGAUGUCUUCUGGCAAAACAAUUCAGCGGAGCGCACACUGACUAUGGUUUGUUAACAUUGGUUAAUCAAGAUGAAGAUAUUAUUGCACUUCAGGUCAGAAACCAAUCUGGUGAGUGGAUUUCGGCUCCUCCAAUUCCUGGAACUUUUGUCUGCAACAUCGGUGAUAUGCUGAAGAUACUGUCCAAUGGUUUAUAUGAGUCUACAUUACAUCGAGUUAUCAAUAAUUCUCCCACAUAUCGAGUCUGUGUUGCCUUCUUUUAUGAGCCGAAUUAUGAUGCAGCAAUGGAGCCUUUGGAAGUCUGUGUACGGAGGAGUGGUGGAACUCGCAAGUUUGAAAAAGCUGUUUAUGGAGAGCAUUUAGUUAGCAAAGUUCAAACCAACUUUGUAGUAUAGGAGCUCUAUUUUUUGGCCAAAACUUUUUCAUCCUCU